UAAGUUUAAUAUUCUAUCUGAGUCAGAUGCUCUUGCUAAAAUUUUAGGAUGAGACUGAAGAAAGGAUUUCUUCCCAAGUCAAGGAGAAACCAGUAAGUUUUACCUAUGCAUUCUGCCCAGGCUGAGUUAGAUCACCAGUCGUAGUGGAAAGAUUAUCUUCACCAAUCUGCAAGCUUGAACAGAAUUUAGAAACUUUCGGCGAAUCUAUGCAAAUGUUAAAUAUUUGAGACCCAUGUGUACAGCAAAACUGGAAAAUACUGCAAGACAAAUAAGACUAGAGAAUACAAAUGGAGUGGUUGCUGAUUGUUGUUUCAUUGACUGUAAUAUGGGUGGCUUCUCUUUGCAAAGUUCUCCAUGAAUCUCUGUCUGGCUCCAAGGCUACAUUUUUAGAUGAUGGUGGAGUUUCUCUGAAGAGAAAUGUUUUGUUGGUUAUUGCCCAUCCUGAUGAUGAAUCUAUGUUCUUUGCUCCAACCAUCAAUUACCUAACUUCAAAGGGGCACACCGUACACAUAUUAUGCAUGUCAACUGGUAAUGCAGAUGGCAUGGGGGAUACUAGAAAACAAGAGCUCUACCUGGCUGCUGCAACCCUUAAGGUUUCUCCACAGCAAGUAAAUAUCUUGGAUCAUCCAGAUUUGCAGGAUGGUUUUGGCAAAAUUUGGAACAGUGAUUUGUUGGCUGGAAUUGUGAAGGAGGAAGUAGACAACCAUUCUAUUGAUGUAGUCAUUAGUUUCGACAAUUAUGGUGUUUCUGGCCAUUGUAAUCAUUGUGAUGUGCAUCGAGGUGUGCGAAAACUGUUGCAGGAUACUUCACACAAAAAUGUUGAAGCAUGGGAGCUUGUCAGCACUAAUAUAUUGCGCAAAUACAUUGGACCAGUUGAUAUCUGGUUGUCUAUCUUAUAUGCAAAGCUCCAUCCAAAUGGACAAAUGCAUUUCUUGAUAAAUGAACGUCCUUGCAAAAGCUAUGCUGCAAUGGGCCAACACCGGAGCCAAUGGGUUUGGUUUCGUAAGCUUUUUGUAUCCUUCUCCAACUAUUCCUUUGUGAACUCUCUAAAGAAGAUCAACAACUAAGCGAUGCCCAGAAACAUAUUCUUCCUUAUAUUGCAGAGGAAAAACAAAAACAAAAAAGAAUCCCUUGUAUCAUCAUCAACUUUGUGACUCCAUUCGUCCUCUGCCUCCUGGGAGGGGUGUGAAAGCUGAACAAUGGGAUCAAAACACUGCAUUAGGGGGGCGGUGGGUUCUCCAAUAAGGUUGAAUUUGGGCUAAAGUUGCUCCUCAUGUUUAGCAGGGCGUUUGAAGCAGUGGAAGAAUUGGAAUAUACAGGCUUAAUGAUGCUGCUGCUGAUGAGUGUGAAGGGGGGCAUUUGCCACGGCCACUGCCACUGCAAAUGCAAAUCUGUUGUUCAUUAUCUAUCUAUCUGUGUUUGGUCAUUGGUGCUCUAUCUAUCUGUGUUUGGUCAUUGGUGCAGCAAGCAUUAAAACUUAAAAGCUCCGCCUGAAGAGAUAGAUGCUGGGAACUAUAUAUAUAACAAUUUUAAUUAUAAUUUUGAUUUUGAUUGGAUCUUACAACAUUUAUAAAUAUAAUCAUGUGAGCUACACUUACCCUUGUGUUUUACCCUACCACCCAAAUUAUAUAAAAAAUUGUUGUCAUAAUAUUUGUAUUA